AUGGAUGCCCAUAGAAGAAUAAGUAAUACUAAUAAAAAUACUGAAAGCAAAUACCAUUAUUUUCAUAAAAAUUAUGAAUAUAAUUUUUUUCCCGACAAAUAUGACUUUGAUGGAGAUUUGUUUUCACCAAAUCCAUCCUUCUUAUGUGAUUCAAUGGAUUAUCACAACAAUAAAAGUAAUAAUUUUCAACAAAAGACGGAAGAAACAUUAAACAAUGAAAACACAUACAAUAAUACCAUUUUAAAUAUAAAUAAAAUAAAUUUUAAGGAAAAUAAUAGCUUUGCAAUAAACAAUAAAACAGAAAAAAAUAUUGUAAAUAUAAAUAAUUACAAUGAUAAAUUUUCUAAAGUAAAUUUCAUGCACAAAUUAAAAAGAAAUGUUCACAAUCCUAAAAACCGUGAACAUGAUAAUAUUUUGAAACAAAAUUUGAAUGCCGAUUAUUAUGGUGCAACAAAUGCCCCUCAAAAUGAAAAUUAUACCUUUAAUUAUAGGAAUAAUAUUCCUAUAAAUUAUAAAAUAUUUAAUAAACUAUGUAACACAACUGAUGAUGCAAUGUAUGGUGAUAAUAAUAAUCACCUAGAAAUGUCACAAAAUUUUCAAAUAGACAACAAAUAUAUUCAUACAACUAGAAUGCAUAAAAAUGACAAAAACACUUUAAUAAAAAAUCGAAUACUAUUCUAUGAUAAUUCUAAGUUUUAUUAUAAAAGUUAUAUUAAUAAAAUGUCAAAAAUAAAAGGAAAGUUUAAUUCCAAUUUUCCGGAAAGCAUACAAAUGCAAUUAAAAAGUAAUGAUACAAAUAAAGGGAUAGAUCAUUUAAAUAACAAAUUCGAAUAUACUUUAGAUAUUAAAAAUAAACUCCCAUUAUCUUUUAAGUAUUCAAAUAGAUCAGAUAAUUUUAAAAAUUGUAUUUACAAUAUCAGUAAUAGUAAUGAUUAUGUAAGAAAUAGUUUUAGUCAGAAUGAAAAAGAAAAACACAAAUCUCAGUUAUCAUUCAAAAAAAAUAAAACGUAUAAAGAAAAUUACAAAAUAAAUAAUAAAAAUGAAUUAUCUUGUAAAAAAAAUAAAGAAACCAAUCAUUUUAAUAUUUCAAGCUAUAUAAACAAAUAUUUGCAUCCAAGAGAAGAUUGCAAACAAAAACAACAAAAUAUCGUAAUAAAUCGAAAAAAAAACUUAAAGGACAAUUUAAUUUAUUUAUCAAUAAAUCCAAAAGAAGAAAAAAAUAUAUAUAAUAUUCAUGAUUUAAAAAGGUUUAAUGGUAAUAUAAAGAAUAUUUCUACGAAAAAUAAUAAUUUGGGAUAUAAACAUUACAAAUUAAGAAAUUCAUAUAUCAAUCAAACUAAGAAUAUGGUUAUAAAAAAAGAUAAUUCUAAAAUAAGUUAUUCUAAUGAAGAUAUAGAUCAAAAAAAUACAAAAUUAAAAAUAUAUGAAAAUUUGGAAAUUUUUGAAAAUGAAUUUUUAAAUAAAAAUUCUCCAAAAGAUUAUGCAAAUACAAGCUUAAUAGGUAAGUCAACUUUAUUUAUUGAAAAUAAUAAAAAGACAAAAUAUAAAGAAUCUAAUGAAUCUAACUAUGAACCAGCAAAAAAUACAAAUCAUCAAAAACAUACACAAAAUAUAAACCAAGAAAAUGAUAAAGUUGAAAUUAUGCAUUUAGAAACCUUUAAUGAGGCUAAUAAAAUCAAAGAAAGUAAUGAAAUUAAAUCAGAUAAUCGAAAACAUGUCAUAAAUAUACCUAUAAAUUUUAAUCUAAAAAGGAAUUUUAAGGGCUACAAAAAUUAUAUUGAAACCAUACAAAAAAAAAAUAAAAGAAAUAAUAAUAAUUCUAAUGUAAUAUUAAAUAGAAAUCAUAGAAAAAGUCUACAUAUGGAUAAUUUGAAAAAAAAUAAACUCAUAAAUUUUAAUAAAUCUGAAAUAAAUGAUAAAAAGGAAUUUAAAAAUUCACCUUUAAUAAACAAAAUAUUUAAUGAACAAAAUGUACAUAUUGAAAACGUGUUUAGUUUCAAUGAUUCUUUUAAAUCAAAUGGUGUGAAAGAAAUGCAUGAUUCCUAUAAUAUUAAUGAAAACAAUAAAGAAAACAUUGUAAACGAAGAAAUUAAUACUAUUCACGAAAAUUUAAUGAACAAAGAACAAGUUUUGCGUACAAAUGAUCUUAAUCAUGUAAACCAUAAUAAUAGUGGUGAUAAUAUUAAUACUAGUUUUGAAGAAAAUACAAAUUUAUAUAGUAAUGCUUCGAAUUUAUCCUUACAUGACAAUAUAAUUUUCAAAAAUUAUUGCAACUUUUCGGAGGGUCAUCAACAGUUUGAAGAAUUAAAACCGAAAGACGCAAAUAAUAAAAACGAAUCAAACAUCGAAAACACAAUGCAUAAACAAAUUAAUGAUACUUUCAAUGAAACACGUUAUUAUAUCAAAAACCAAAACAAUGACAAUAGCAACAAUCAUGAAAUUCUUAAUAUAACAUCCGAGUGCAAUUAUAAAGCUAAAGAAAAACAAAUAUCAAAUAUUAUUAAAACUGAUUUCCAAGAUAUGGAUGAGAAAAAUGACACAAAUUACUUACAUGAUAAUUCUUCCAAUAAAAUUAAUGAUGAAAUGAUAAAGGGGAAAAAAUGUAAUCGCGAACAUAAAACAGAGCUACAUUAUUUACCAGAUAAUUGGGAAUAUUUUAAAAACGUAUUUUCAAGUAACUUAUAUAAUAAAAAUCCUCACAAUUUAUCAUUAAAUGCAAUAAAACCAAAUGAGAAAGACAAUGUGAUCGAAAAUUCACUCACAAAUGUUUUUUUUUUAGAUGAUGAUACAGCUAAUAAAAAAAAAAGCACCACAGAAUAUAAUAGAAAUAAUGCAAGUAAUGCAACUGACACUACAACAGUACUUAUUAAUAAACUUGAUAAUGAAAUAAAUCAUGAAGCCUCAUAUAAUGAUGAACAAAAUGAAUAUAUCACAAAUUUAUUCAAUAUAUUCGACAAUAUUAAAUCAGAUCACGAAAUAGAAGAAAUGAAUAACACCAAACAUGACAUUAUAAUGAACGAAGUUAAUAACCAUCAUUCUGAAGGUUCAUACUUGAAUAAAAUUUCUACACAAAAAAAUGAAAAUAAAGUUUCUAAUGAAGCACAAAAUCAAAAUGUUAUCAACGAUUUAUUAUUACUUACUGAUAAUACCAUGUUAAUCACAAAAAAAAAUAAUAAAGAACAAGAUGAGGCGAAAACUAGUGAAAAUUUUAACUCAGAUAUUGAAGAAAAUGAAUUAAUCAUUUUUCAAGAAAGUUACGAAAAUAAACAUAAGUAUCAUAAAUACUCGGAAACAGACAUAAACAUUCAAACAAAAAUAAAUGAAAAUACAAAUGGUAAUAAAGAAGAAAACAAACAAAUAUAUUUGACGAAGGAAAUUGAAAUAAAGACUCAAACCAAUAUUAAUCACGCAAAAAACAAUAACAAUAUUUUAGAGAUUCAAUAUAAUACCGAAGAACAAAAGGAUAUAACUCCAAAAAAUAUAAAAGAUACUGAUAAUGAGGAAAAUGGGGCUAAAGAUAUAGAUAAAGAAUAUUUUUCCUAUUAUACAGAAAACCAAAAUGAAAAUACUAAAAGAGAACCAAUCGAAAAUAUUAUUAAAAGCAAAAGUAAAAAUUUCAUAAGUAUAGUUUACAAUAAAAAUGAUGAAAUUCAGAAUAAAGAUAAAAAAAAUAUACAAAUUUGUAACUAUACUAGUAAUGAACAUAAAAUAUCCGAUGACGAAACCUUUUUUACUAAGGAAACUAUAUUCAAUGAUAUGGACAUAAUAGAGAAUACAAUUGAAGAAAAUAAUUUCACUGAAUCUAUUGAUAAUAUAAUGAAACUUUCAAAUUCUAACAAUUUAAAAUAUAAUGAACAAAUUUUAUUAACCAAUAAAAAUUUUAAAUCGAGUGAAGAAGAAAAUAAAGCAAAAAGGGAAUCCAAUAACUUGGUAGAAAACAUCUACUUAGAGGAAAAUAAUAAAUUAAAGGAGAAUCAUGAAUAUGAUAAUAAAUUAAAAUAUUCAAUUGCAGAAAAUAUUCAAAUUAUAAAAAGACCUAAAGAUGAUAUUAAAAAAGAAAUGGUACAUAAAUUUUAUGACUCCAAGGAGAAUAAUAAAAACAAUUUUCAUAAAAGAGUAGAUAAACAUAAUACAUAUACAAAUAAUGAAAUAAUAAAUGAAUUUAGUUAUUUACAUAUAAAAAUAAACAAAUAUAAUUUAUUUAAUAGUUUAAAUAUAAAUGAUGAUAGAUUGAAUUAUAUUAACUCUUUAUAUAAUUCAUUUGAUUAUUUUAACAAAACAAUCAAAACGGAAAAUAUAAAAACAAAUGGUAGUAUCAUUUACAGCAAUGGCAAUGAUACAAAUGAACACGAAAAUUUAGAAUUAUAUCAAAAAUUAUUUGAAAAAAAAAUAAUUAAAAUCUUUGAUUUCUCAUUACAAGAAAACCAUCUUAUUAACAAUAAACAGUUUGACGUUGUAGACACACAUUAUGAAGAUGAUUAUAUUAAUGAACAUUCUAAUACGGAUAUUGAUAAUAUUUAUAAUUUUUUUGAUAACGUAACAAAUGAAAACGCGCAUAAUGAUACUAAAAACACAAAUUCGAUCAAAUCUAGCACAUUAAAUAAUAAAAAAAUAAACCAUAUAUUGAAUGGAACUGAUUCAGAUAUAUUUAAUUCAGAACAAUCAAAAGUAAAGGAAUAUCAAAAUACAGUUUUAAAAGAUUCUAGUGAAAAUUGUAAUAAUAUGAAAAAUAAAGAUAACAAUAAUAAAGACGAAGGGAGCUAUGGCAAAAGCGACGAUGAUAACGAAGAUAUAUUAUACGAAGACAUUAAAAGGAAUAUAUGGCUGAAAAAUGAUGAUUUUAAUAAAAAUGUAGAAAAAAAAAAUGCUAUGAAAUAUAUACAGAUAGAAUCAGCAAAAUGUAUCAUAUUAUUUUGUGAUUUGUACAAAAUAAAAUAUUUUCAAGGAAUGCAUGAUAUGAUUAUAAGUUUAUUUUAUUUAAAUUUACAUCCACAUGAAAUUUUCUGUGUUUUUGAAAAAAUAUUACAUUAUUAUGCUCCAUACUUAUAUUUACAAAACCAGGAUUAUUAUAUUCAUACAAUUAAAAACGAAUAUAAAGAAGUUAAUCAUAAUGAAUUAGAUUUAAGCAUACAGAUAUCUAAUUACAAUGGAAAGCUGUUUAGAUUAUUAUGUCAAUUUUUCUUUCCAUAUGUUAGUUUUUUCUUUGAUACAUCAAUUAGUGAUAAUUGGUCCGAUUUUUUUUUUGUUAAUCUGAACUUUAGUAAAUUCAAUAACGUAUAUUUUUUACUAUUUAAAUGGAUGAAACUGAUAGAAAUGAAAGAUGGACAAAAUGGGGUGAAUUGUGAUUUCAUCCUUUAUUUAUUAUCCUUCUUUAAAUAUAAAUUGAAAUUAAUUAAAAGUAAAAUAUAUAAAAAAGAAAUACCUGAAGAAAAUCCUUCUAACAAUUUUAAAAAAUUUGAAGAAAUUAAUGAUAAAAUUGAAACCUCAAAUAAAAAUAUCAAACAAAAUGGGGGAGAUCAUUAUCAUAAAUGUAUUGAAGAAAACAAUAUAAAGGAAGAAAAAAAAACACAAUAUGAUGAAAUAGGACAAAAAUUAUCUGAUAUAAAAAAUGAAAUUUCAAAUCAAGAAAAAUUUGAACAAAUCGAAAAUAAUAAAAAUGAAUGCAAAGACACAACCAAUUAUGAAAAAUUAGAAAAUAAAAAACCCCAAAAAGAAAAUAUUCGAAAAAAUAAAUUGUCUAUAUAUUGUACAAGCAUGUUUUCUUCAUUUUUUGAAUUUAACUCAUCGUUUGAUGAUAAUUUUGAAGAUAACUAUAAUAUUCAUAUAGAAGAAAUAAUAAAGGAUAUUAAAAAUAUUAAAAAAAUUAUCCCUAUAAGUAUUAUCAAUUUUAUACAAAAUUAUAAUUCCAUGUAUCAAAAAAAAGAAUUGUUAUUAAAACCUGAAGAAAGUUAUCACGAAAAAUGGAAAUUACCAAACGACAUUUCAAAAUAUAUAGAUGAAAAUAUAUGCUUGAAUAUAAAAAUAUCUGAUUUAUUUCAUUUCCAUAAUAGCUCUAGAUAUUAUGAGUUUAUUUUUAUUAGAUUAAUAGGGGAAAAAAUUAUUCUAAGUAAACUUAAAUCUAUUACACCAAAUAAUAUAGUUAUUGACAAUUUUAUUGAGUUUAAAGGAGUUUAUGAAUUUUUAAAUUAUAAACAAAAACUAAAACACCCAUUUAAAAAUAAAAAUAAAUUAUUAUAUAUAAUUAUACAAAAUAACAAAGAAAAUGGUGCUAAUUUUAUUAAUUACAAUUUUAAUGAACUAACUAAAAAAUCUAACACAAAUAAGGAAAAAAAUUAUAGUAAUGAUAAAAAUAUGAAUAAAAGACAUUACUUGAAUAAAGUUUUUUUAAAACGAAAUAAUAAAGAAAAUCCAAAUAUUAAUGAAAAUAUAAAUAAUAAUGCAACGGAUAAAAUUGCUUUUCGUAAUUUUUUUACAACUUUAAAAAAAAAUAAUUUUAAAUAUGUAACUAUACUUCAGGAAAACCCUGAUUUUAUCACAAUAAAUAUUGAUAAAAAACAUAAAAAUAUACAAAAACAAAUAGACACCCAAGAAAAUACAAAUGAAGGCGCAUCGUUAAAAAAAAACGGUUUCAUAUUUCAAAUGCUUAAAAAAGUAAAAAAUAAAAUAUAUAAAAAUGUUACAAUAAAUGAUGACCUAAAUAAAUACACACACUCUAAAAUUAUUAAUACUCAAGAAAAUAACAUGAAUUAUGUAUUAAAGGACUACAAUUUUAAAAUAUUUAGUGAAAGACGAAUAAGAAAAAUAACAAAUUAUAAAAAUAAAAAAAAUAUUAGAUACCCAAAAAAUGAUAUCAGAAAAAAAAAAAGUGAUAAAAUAAAAAAAAGUAAAACACAAGAUGAAGGAAAUAAUGAACAUUAUCCUAUGAAUCAAAAUGAAGAAAAGGAUUCGCUCAAAAAUAUAUUCCCUAAAAAUGUUUCUCUUCCCCUUAAGAAAUAUAAUGAAGGAAAUUAUACUAAACUAGGUAAUGAUUUAAAAGAAAUGGAUAACUUGAAAAAUCAUAAUUUCGAUUUAAACGUUAAAAAAAAAAAUAUGAAACUCAUUAAUAUUAGCCCAAAUGUAAAAAAUAAUAUUAUUCUUAAAAAAACUAAUAAACCAAAGCUAUGUGUCGAUGAUAAUGAACUUAAUAAUAUAUUGUAUUGUAAUUUAAAAAAAGAAAAAACAGAAAAUAUACAGAAAAAAUAUAUAUUACCGGUAUCGAAAAAAAAGGAAACAUAUUUAACUAAAAAUGAAUUGGACAAUACUAGAACACAUGCAAACUCUAAAACAGAUAUCCCUGAUAAAUACAAAAAAAUAUAUAUUUCUAAGGAGAAAUCAUGCGAUAUUAAAACAAAUAUCAUAAUUAAACAAAACAAUGAUAACAACAUCGGGAAAAAUGAAAAAGAAAUUUUAAACACCGAAAAGCAAAAAACCUUUUUCGAAACACAAGAAAGUUUUUUUAAUGAUUUACUAUUAGAUAAAGUAACACAUAAUAAGGAAAUUAUUGAAAAAUUACAAAUAUAA